UCUUUGUUGUGUAAGACAUAUUAAUGCAGCCAUUUCCUUAUUUCUGAUUGCAUUACAACCAUCUCUUUCACAAGUCUUAUUAUAGGGAGCAAAAAGGCAAGAGCAUCUUAACGAACACAUUUAAUUUGUUGUAAUUAUACUUUUUGUCUGUUUCUUUUCUUUGUUCGAUCACUGGAUAAUAAACUUAUUUGACUUACACAGUGCAUACAUUCAAUUAGGUGCAAGAAGUGACCAGACUUAUAUCAAACAUUUGUUUCGGUAAGUUCUGAUGUACAAAAAGGUGUUAUGGUGUUGAUAGUUAUAUGGAGAGAUACUUCACUGGUUUUAAAUCAUUGCAAGAAAAUCAAAGUUCACUUUAAAAUACUUGAUCAAUCAAGAGUGUACUUAAGCUAAUCGGACUUUGUGUGUUUAUACAAAGUGUUAUAAUACCAAACAAAACAUUAAAAUAAUAAAGAUAGUCUUUAAGAAAUGAAUCUCAAAAGAUUAGAGAGCUCUACAGCUGCGCUUGUGCUCAUCGUGUCCUUUCUACCAUGUUCACUUUGUCAGCCCUUCGUCAUCGGAGGCAGCAUCAACACACCUGAGGAAUACUUAAAAAAACUGUUACCGUCUGUCUACAACAUGAAACUGAUUGAUAUCAUCACCUGGAGUAUGGUGCAGGAGGACAAGGCACGUGAUCAGGAUCACACGAUAAAACAUUCGAGUCAGUCCAAUCAUAAAUUGUCGUUACAAAGCGAUCAUCAGAAUGACAUCUUGGAGGAAGAUUCAGCGACAUCUGAACACAAUAACACUAUAUUGAAUAGGAAGAAACAUCAUAGAACUCCUUUGAGGGAUUCUCAGAUUUCUAGAAUAUCUAAUACAUGCAAGUUUCAUAAUGGGCUUAAAACUUCUGUAGAAAAACUUAAUCCUCAUAUUGAUGUCACUGACACUUUCAUGUACAGUCUUGAAGACAGCGCCACUCUCCAAACCAAUAAACCCGAGGAAUGUUUCAAUAGAAGGACGACAUCCAAACACAUCAUUGAACGAUGUAACUCCGCUAUCACUCAAAGAGAUCUUGGUUCUGAGUUUUUUCCCAGAUAUCUACGUAGCAAGGGCUGUAUUCAGGGCGCCCCAAGUUAUUGUCACACGAGGACCCAAAAUGCAAGAGUGUAUAAACUAGUCAGCUGUACUAACCACCGUCCAGAUCUGAUCAAAGUCUCAAGACGUGUGCAUACUGGAUGCAUUUGUAACAAUACUGAUUAAACUUUUCUUUUCGUUACUGUCAAGUUAAGCACAGAUGGUUCUUUAUUUUGACUGAGUGUGUUUCAGUUAUAAUAAUAAAUCCCAACGGUUCCGUGUCCUCAUAUAAUUUGACGUCAAAUUAAAAAAAAACACAAAACAAAACAAGGAAUAGAAAUUCCGACAACUGGAAGCAAUUAAUCCAAUGAGAAAAACUUCACAAAUCCUAAUUGCAACAAAGUAUUACAAUAAAUGUUUUUGUUUAGUUAAAACAAUAAUAUAAGUUAAAUGCACCAGCGUCCUUCUUUGUACAAACAAAACAAAUAAAGACCUAUAUCCCGCACGAGUCUUUUCAAAUCGUAUUUAAUAAAUAAACUAGAUAAAGUCAACUCCAGGUCAGGAUGUGACGUCAUAAAAAUAAAGAACUUUUUUUUUAUAUAGAUCAUAAUGGCAUAAGUUUGUAGUAAAUUAAUUUCGAAAUGGAAAUUUCCAUUUCCCAUUCAUUUGCAUGAAUUCUAGGACACAUCUUUUGUGUUCUUUUAUUAAAACUAUAGCUGUGGUUGGCUAGUUUCUCUUCUGCUUAUGCCAGGUUUUGUAACGCUCACCCAUUAGAGUAGAGAACAUGUAUGUUUGUAAACCUUUUCAAACACAUUCUUUUGAAUUGCCUCAAACAUUGAAUUGGAAGUGAAGAUUUAUUUCAUGUAUGCCUGAACUAAUUAUUUGACUUUGAAUACCUGAAACUUAAUUUUCUUGUGCUAGCAAUAUUUGGAAUAAAAACUUAAUGAGCCAAAA